GAUCCACAUCAUCAUAAACUUUCCAAAUUUGUGUCAAAGAUCGUAACUUUCGUUGACUUUUCCGAUCUGGGUUUGUCGGAAAAAUGAAUGCCGUCGGUAGGAUCGGAAGCUAUAUCUACCGUGGUGUAGGUACGGUUUCAGGUCCGUUUCAUCCAUUUGGUGGUGCGAUUGACAUUAUCGUUGUUGAACAACCUGAUGGAACAUUUAAAUCGUCUCCUUGGUAUGUUAGAUUUGGGAAAUUUCAAGGGGUUUUGAAGAAUAGAAGGAAUUUGAUCAAGAUUGAGGUUAAUGGUGUUGAUUCUGGUUUCAAUAUGUAUUUAGCUCAUACAGGACAAGCUUAUUUUCUUAGAGAAGUUGAAGAUGUUGUUGGUGAAUCUGAGAGUGGUGAAGUUUAUACUUUGUCUUCUGGUGAUGAAGCUGAGACGACGUCUAAGAUGGGUGAUGAUGUUGUUGAUAAGGUUAAGAUUCCUUUGAAGUCUAGGAGUUGUAACUAUGAUUCUGCUAGUCCUCGUAGUGGUAAUGGGAAGAUUGUUGGUAAGCCUGGGAUUUUAGGGUUUGUGUUUGGUGGGAGAUCGGUUAGGGAGAGUCAAGAUGGUGGUGUUAGUUCUAUUGAGAGAGCUGAGAUUGCUGCUGAUUUAUUGGACGUUAAGUGGUCUACUAAUAUCGAUACUCGUAAGUGUGGAAAAGGUAAAUCUUCUGAGUCUUUGGAUGGUAAAGGGAGUGGUGAGAGUAGUACUAGUGGCAAAUCUUGUGUUGUGGGUAGCUCGGAGAUUUUAGUUGAUAGCGAUUCGAUAUUGGAGACUCCUCUUGUUGCAUCUCCUACAUUGCGGUUUCUUGAUGAGAAAGAACAGGAUUUUCGUGAAAGCACUAAUGUGGAAGAUUAUUGUGAAGAGAAUGUAUCAAGUGGAGUUGUUGAAAACGGUUUAUGUGAAGCAUCGAGUAUGGGGUUCUCCGUUACUAGUGAAGGGAGUGGAAACGUAGAGAUCUUUGUCGAACCAAGAACCGAGACACUUGCACAGGAUUCUGUUACUGGAUGUGUUCUAGAUUCGAAGCAAGAACUGUUAAGUGCUCCUGAAUCUGUGGAAAUUGUAACAGUGGGUUCAGCUGACCAAGCGGAUUUAGGGAGCAUAGGCACUUCUCAAGAAGGAAGUAGCACUGGCUCUCCAGUUCAAGAUGAAAAUAAGAUCACCAUAAACGAUAUGCAUAUCUCGGCAGGAGAUUUUGAGAAGUCUCAGUCAGCAAGUGGAGAAAGCAUCCUGCAACCAGAGAUAGAAGAAGAACAAUUUUCCUUUAGCGAUCUUGACGAAGGUAAACCUGGUGGUAAUAGUUCUGGAGGGUCAAGUUCUCCUGAUACUGUAAAAGUUGAUGGGAAAGAGAGUUACGAUGAAAUUGAAACUAGUCCUGAAAAAGGCGUGGUCGCGGAGAACUCAAUGGCCUUGACAGAGCCGAUUAACAUAGAGAGGAAAAAGGAUAUCUCUACAGAUGAGAUGGAGCGGUUGGUAGGAUCAUUACCGAUUAUGCGGCAUCAAAACAACGAUGAUAUGGAUGCCAGUCCUUCUCAGCCUUUGAGCCAGUCAUUUGACCCAUGUUUCAAUAAUUCAAAGUUGGAUUUGAGAGAAGAUGAGUCGAGCUCAGGGGGUUUAGAUGCAGAAAACGUUGCUGAGGGUAGCCCAAAAUUAAAGGCAUUCAAUCAUGUUAUCGCUAAUCCUGACGUGGUCGAGCUCUCUCUCUGCAAGCACUUAUUAAGUGAAGGAAUGGGAGCAGAAGCGGCUUCUCAGGCUUUCAAUUCCGAAAAACUGGAUAUGGAAAAGUUUGCUUCUAUGGGCCCAUCAGUCCUGGAGAACGAUAAGCUUAUCGUGAAGAUCGGUGGCUGCUAUUUUCCAUGGGAUGCAGCUGCUCCUAUUAUCUUAGGAGUGGUUUCAUUUGGGACUGCCCAAGUCUUUGAACCCAAGGGCAUGAUAGCUGUUGACCGGAAUGAGAAACCUGGUGAUGUAUUAGCUCAAGGCAGUGGAAGCUGGAAGCUUUGGCCUUUCUCUCUCAGAAGAUCAAGGAACGAUACUGAAGCUUCUUCUUCUGGUGACCCAGCUGAACCUGAAGAGAAACAAGAGAAGUCGUCGCCAAGACCAGUGAAAAAGACGGUCAGGGCACUAACUCCAACUUCUGAACAAUUGGCUUCGCUAGAUCUGAAAGAAGGAAUGAAUUCCGUGACUUUUACGUUCUCCACCAAUAUUGUAGACGCAAGGAUUUACUUAUGGAAAUGGAAUUCUCGCAUAGUUGUAUCAGAUGUAGAUGGUACCAUUACAAGAUCGGAUGUCUUAGGCCAGUUUAUGCCUUUGGUUGGUAUAGAUUGGUCACAAACAGGUGUCACACAUUUAUUUUCGGCUGUAAAGGAAAAUGGAUAUCAGUUGAUAUUUUUAAGUGCACGUGCGAUUUCUCAGGCCUCAGUCACAAGACAAUUUCUAGUUAAUCUCAAGCAGGAUGGAAAAGCAUUGCCGGAUGGGCCUGUUGUUAUCUCUCCUGAUGGCCUCUUUCCGUCGUUGUUUCGGGAAGUAAUUAGAAGAGCACCUCAUGAAUUCAAGAUUGCUUGCUUGGAGGAAAUACGGGCAUUGUUUCCUCCUGAACACAACCCAUUCUAUGCUGGUUUUGGAAACAGAGACACAGAUGAGAUAAGCUACCUCAAAGUAGGAAUCCCCCGAGGAAAGAUCUUCAUAAUUAACCCAAAGGGAGAAGUGGCAGUGAAUCGUAGGAUUGAUACAAGAUCAUACACAAAUCUACAUGCUCUUGUCAACGGAAUGUUCCCAGCUACAACCUCUUCAGAACCGAUGCACGCAAAAACCGACUCAGAGGUGACAAGCCUCUCAGCUUCAUCACCAACUAGAUCUCCCCGUCGACCCGCGUACUUCGUCCAAUCUCCAUCACGUGACUCACACGAUGGAGAGAAAACAGCAACAUCAUUUCACUCAACACCGGUCCUCACCAGCCCAAUGGGAUCUCCACCACAUUCUCACUCUUCCUCGAGCCGCUUCUCCAAGAUCAAUGGCUCAAAACGCAAAGGCCACGCUGGAGAAAAACAGUUUGCUAUGAUUGAAGAAGAAGGUCUUCUUGAUGAUGGAGAUAGAGAACAAGAACCUUUGCCUCGUCGAUGUUAUGUUUUAGCUUUCAUUGUUGGUUUCUCUUUGCUCUUUGCUUUCUUCUCUUUGAUUCUUUAUGCAGCUGCUAAACCUCAGAAACCUAAGAUCUCUGUUAAGAGUAUAACGUUCGAGCAACUUAAGGUUCAAGCUGGACAAGAUGCGGGAGGUAUUGGAACUGAUAUGAUUACAAUGAAUGCGACGCUGAGAAUGUUGUAUCGUAACACUGGUACUUUCUUUGGUGUUCAUGUUACUUCUUCUCCGAUUGAUCUUAGCUUCUCUCAGAUCACUAUUGGUUCUGGCUCUAUUAAGAAGUUUUAUCAGUCAAGAAAAAGCCAAAGAACAGUUGUGGUGAAUGUACUUGGAGACAAGAUUCCUCUCUAUGGAAGUGGCUCAACCUUAGUCCCACCACCACCUCCUGCACCAAUUCCAAAACCCAAGAAGAAGAAAGGACCCAUCGUUAUCGUCGAACCACCAGCACCUCCUGCUCCAGUACCGAUGAGGCUAAACUUCACCGUUAGAUCUCGAGCUUACGUGUUGGGGAAGUUAGUUCAACCUAAGUUUUACAAGAGAAUCGUGUGUUUGAUUAAUUUCGAACAUAAGAAACUCAAUAAACAUAUUCCCAUCACGAAUAACUGCACUGUCACAUCUAUUUAAAGGGGAAAUAAACACAUGAGAGUGCG